CUUCCCAAACGAUACCAUUACUCUUCUCUCGCCGGUGGGAUUAAUCUACAUAUCCAACCCUUCAAGUUCCGUGACCUUGAAAAACGUUCGACGCGCCGCAUUGACCGCGCGACUGUAGUACAGCUCGGCACUGAGCUCCUCGCAACCUGUCAACAACUCCCCAAACAAUCGCAACUCAAAUAGCAACACGCGGCACGAUGGGAUCGCUAGGCACAUACUUUUUGGACGUGGUCUACUCGUUCACGAACUGCAUGGUCUGCUUUCCAAGCUCCCCACAGCUCAAGAUCAACAGCCGGAGCUUCAAGAUACUACGAUUGCUGGGCGAGGGCGGCUUUUCCUACGUCUACCUCGUUCAAGACAAUUCCAACCAACAACUCCUUGCUCUCAAAAAGAUCCGAUGUCCCUUUGGUCAAGAGAGCGUUAGCCUCGCGCUGAAAGAAGUCGAAGCAUACACGCUAUUCUCUCCCCACCCGAAUAUCAUACAUUCGAUCGAUUACUCCGUGGAGACCGAUAAGUCAGAUCCGUCAGCGAAGACUGUCUAUAUCCUCCUACCUUACUAUCGCCGCGGAAACCUACAAGACCUGAUCAACGCCAAUCUCGUCAAUCACACAAAGUUCCCAGAGCGGAGACUUAUGGUGCUGUUUCUGGGCGUGUGCAAAGCGCUGAAAGCUAUGCAUCAGUACAAAGUCAAGGGUGGUCCUGGCGGAGCGCGGAGUGAGGGCAAAGCGAAGAAAGUCAGGAAAGUUGCUGCGAGAGCGGAUGCGGAGGCUGCAGAGAGCAUGGAGAUGCGGCCAAGCAGGAGACAUCGCGAGCAAGAUGACGAUGAUGAGCAGGAAGCUGAGGGACUUCUAGAAGAUUCGAACGUAACGAUGGCGCAAGAGGGGAUUGCGCCCGGUGGGGAGAGAGCGUAUGCACAUCGCGAUAUCAAGCCCGGCAACAUAAUGAUAGACGACGACGGCAAAACCCCGAUUCUAAUGGACCUCGGCUCCCUCGCACCCUCUCCAACACCUAUAACCUCACGCUCCCUCGCUCUACAAGUACAAGACCUCGCCGCCGAACACUCCACAAUGCCCUACCGCGCCCCGGAACUCUUCGAUGUGAAAACCGGCUCAGUAAUCGACACCAAGGUCGACAUCUGGUCUCUCGGGUGUACUCUCUAUGCAUGUCUUGUAGGCAAGAGUCCGUUUGAGACAAGGUCUGAUGAGACCGGCGGAAGUCUGAGUAUUUGCGUAUUAGGUGGUGAUUGGAGAUUUCCCGACGAGGGCUUGCAGAGAGGGAAGCAGAAACAGAACCCCGAGGACGCGAUCACGGAGAGCGUAAAGGAGGUCGUGAGAAAGUGUUUGUUGUUGGAGCCGAGUGAGAGGCCGGAUGUUGACGAACUCAUUAGCAUCGUCGAAGAAGUCCUGCAAGGCUUGCCGGAAGAUGGGUCGGAUGAUUGAGUUCCAGUUAGAAUGGGCUCCACCUGUAAGAUCACUCGAUGUUUAAGGGAGUUAGGUCGAUGAUUACUUGCUUUUCCUUUUCUUUUGAAGCUUUUGGAUAUCAUAAAAUACCCAUUUCGACUGCAAAGCACCCAGGACAUGAUCAGUAGUUAAGUUCCGCCAGCUCGAGGAAUUAUAAAGUUGUUAGAUGCAC